ACCGAUGUCGGUUUCUUUCUGUCAGUUUAACUCGAGUUUUCGUGGUAAACGUGUGUAAGUUCACGAAAUUGCGUGCACGCGUACUGUUUACCAACAACACACACACAAUUAUCGCUGUAACAAUAAGUGAAUUAUAAACGUGUACUAACUUUAGCAGCUCAACUGGAAAUAAAUUUACGCCUUGAGGAAUUUUGCUUUUUUCUGCCUGAAGAAUAUCUGGAUAUGUUGUAAUCCAGCGCCCCACGUUUCAAUCCUACUCCAAUAAGGUUUCGAAAAGUUGCAGGACCGGACUAGACCAUGCGACGACUUGUUCGCAUUGUAAUAUUGUGAAUCGCCCAUCAUUACUGAGCAUGCACAGCACGGACAAUGGAAACGAAUCUGGAGGAGACCAAACAAGUAGCAGGACGGCGGUGGCAGUGGCAGGUCCGACACCGGUGGCGGUGUCCACCGCCGCAAACAACAACAGUUCCGGUCCCCGAGAGUGCGCGGGUUGUGGAAAACGUAUCACCGAACGUUUCCUCCUCAAAGCCUUGGACCUAUUCUGGCACGAAGACUGCCUUAAAUGUGGAUGUUGUGAUUGUAGACUCGGAGAAGUUGGUUCGACGUUAUAUACAAAGGCUAAUCUUAUUCUUUGCAAAAGAGACUAUCUUAGGUUAUUCGGAACGACGGGUUAUUGUGCAGCUUGCAAUAAAGUGAUUCCUGCAUUUGAGAUGGUAAUGCGUGCAAAAAGCAAUGUGUAUCAUCUCGAAUGUUUCGCAUGCCAACAGUGUAACCACAGGUUUUGUGUCGGUGACCGAUUCUACCUGUGCGACAAUAAAAUUCUUUGCGAAUACGACUACGAAGAAAGAUUAGUUUUUGCAAAUAUGGCAUACAAUCCAAGCAGUCUGGCGCAUAUACGAAGGCAAGUCAGUAAUUUACAGCCAGCAGGAGACAAUCUAACUGGUAUUCGUCAUCCUUCGCUUCUGACGUCACCACCUUGUUACAGCGAAAAGAACUCUGCGUUGGGCGUCCCACAGCGACCGCCUAGUAACAAUCAUCGCGACGACGGUUCGAGCGGAUAUGGUAGCCCAGAUUCAGAAACCUUCGAUCCUCCACAAUGACGAUCUCGUCUGUCUUAGCUGAGAACCCACCGCCAGCGAGGGAUGAUGAAUAACUUCUUGAAGACGCCGCUGAUAAAGAAUUAACUUUUAUAAACUGUCGUGCGUAAAGUGCUUCUUUGAUCAGUGAUUUAGAUUUAGG